GUGGGUGAUGGAAAGCCCAACGGCGACAGAACGCAGACCGCGGCGGCUGAGCCGGUACAAAGAAUUGGUGGAAGACAAAUACGGUUUGCUUUCUCCCUACCGGAGAAAGUUCGUGUUUGAGGACAAGGAAACAUUUGAUUAUAAGGGCUGGUACGAUUCCGACGAGGAAGACGACGUCGAUCUCCAAAUCACCGACGUUCAUGGCACCAUCAAGAGAUUCCUCCAACAAGUCCGCGACAGCGGGGGUUACGAUUUGGAUUGUUGCCCGCCUAGUUGGUUCCACGUUCCUUUCCGGCCAAUAGAUCUGGCUGCUGCAAAGCAGAACGAUGAGGCAUUUUAUAAAGAAGUGAUCAAAGCAGCACACUUUGCAAUCCGCGAGAUCAAUGCUGAGAUGACGGACAAAUGUUACGAGCUUGUGGAAGUAGAAAGAGUGGUGUUGACAUCGACGUGGACGAAGCUUCUGACUUUUAGUGCAAAGGAAGAAGUCAUGAGGAAUGCUUGUGCUGAUUUUGAGUCAGAUUCAGAGGUUGAAGGUGAUGCAACCAUCAAGACUAUUCAGGCAAUGGUGCAUGAAUGUUUUGAUGACUCUUUAGAACUUGAACAGUGGAGGUUUAAACCACUUCCUGUUAAUUCUAUGGAGGAUUCAUUCUUUAUCCUACUUCUAAUUAGUUUCCAUUAA